GACGCGGCGUGCGAGCAGCACCGCCGUCGGCACCGCUCCGCUCAUUCUGCUCCGAGCCGUCGAACGCGACGCACGCGUCUCUUUCCGGCUGGACCCGUCCGAUCCGAUUCCGCUUCGUCUCUCCUAUCAGGCCUCUUCCAUCGGCGAGCGCGCGUAUACGCCGGCUGGUGCUUUCUCCCGCUCGGAAGGGAGCUUCCGUUCUUCUUUCUCCCUCGCUCUCGCCGCACGAACGAGUCUCGGAAAUCAUCGAAUCGUUCGGUUUUCCUCGCGCACGUCCAUAAUUUAACCCUCGAGUCUCGAGAAGCGACCGUUCUCUCUCUCUCUCUCCCCCCUUCCAUCCGCCCUCUCGACGAGGCUCUCCCGCAGCGUGUUCCGCGCUCGAUCGCGAGCACUCUCCUCUUCCGUGCCGUCGCGAACUCGCGGUUUUCCGAUCGCCCGAUCUCCGCUUUUCUCGCGCGGUCGCGGUUCGCCGAUCCGAUUUCGGAAUACGUCGAUGGAGGCAGUUGGUCGACGAAGGGGCCCUAUCGGGGACGGGCGCGUCCGCGGUGGCGGCCGGGACCGGUGCCGGUGCCGGAACGGAGGCAGCCGAAGCUGCGAAACGACGUGAACGCGCUUCUCGUGGACCGAACGCCCAACGCCGCGUCGAGAAUCGGGCCGCGAAGCGACACGAGCGCGAGAGCAGUCGGAGCAAAGGGAUACAGGGAUACGGAAAUACGGGGACGCGGAGGAGACGCGAAUACUCGAACCCUUUUACACCCGACUCGUCGCAGAGUUCUCUCGGAUAUAGAAAGGGUAUACGGUGCGCAUGGUAACCGAAGGCAGACGGAAACCUCUCUCGCCCUCUCGCUCUCUCCAAACGCUCCCACCGUUCCUCCGUUCGUCCCCGCUGGCUCGCCGCCCACCCACCGCCCCGGUCCACCCCCUUGUACCACCCUCUCUUCUCUCUGCCUGCUUCGAAUCAAUAAUCUCUGACCAGGAUUAUAUGCGAACCCCCUUUUUAUUUCGGUCGCUCUGUAAGAAAGAUACAGCGGCGACCGACGCAGCGGGAAAAUCAACCGAUUCCUAGCACCUGGCUGCGCGACGGACCCUCUCGGGAGCAGACGAGCGCCGCGGAUUUUCGGCGUCUCUCUCUCUCUCUCUCUCUCUCUCUCUCUCGCUCGUCCCGCUUACCGGUGCGCGGUAUCGGCGCGCGGAUUAUCGAUCCCUCCAUCCUUUUCGACCGCCCGCCGGUUAUGAUAUUUCGAGAAAACGAGACGAUGCGGGGAGAACGCGAUCGCAUUCGGACAGAGAUCAACGCCUCCAGAUGGAAUCGCCUUCGGCCCAGGAGCACCGACAACUCGUCGAGGCGAAGGAGGCUACCGACUCGUCGAAGGCGCCGCGAACCCCGGGGAUAGAGUCCGCGGCGAAGGCAGUGGACGACGCCGAUCGCUCGAACGAUCCCGAUCCCGAUCCCGAGGACGCGGCACGUCCAUCCAGCGACGUCGGCGCCGCCGCGUCGCCGAAGCUCGAGCAGGACCCCGAGACGAUGGGUCUGAAGUUGGACAAGUGCGACGGCGCGAAGGUCGAGAACAAUGCGAUCGCGAUCGCGGUCGCGGUCGAGGCCGAGGCCGAGGCCGAGACCGAGUCGAGGACGAAGGAGAAGGAACCGGACGAACCACGAAACUGUGUCGACGCGAUAACGACAACGACGACGAUGACGACGACGACGACGAUGACGAUGACGACGACGACGACGACGACGACGACGGAGUGCUCCGAUCAAGAAGAGGAGGGCCGUGCGACGAUCGGCGGGGCUGGUUCGCCGAUCGGCUCGCCCGCGUCCAGGAAGAGGCCGGCCAACGAGUUUCUGCCGAUCGACGCCGAGAUAAAACGGAUCGGCGUCGAAAGCCCCGAGAACGACGUCGUCCAACCGAGAAGCGACGUCAGAAGGAUCUCGCCGGUUCUGGUGAGCCUCCGGGAGCGUACUCUCGGCGAGAUAUCGCUGUCCUGUCUGUUCGACGAAGACGCGAACUCUCGGUGUCCCUCGCGGAUCAACGGCAGGCUCUUGGACAACUCUCUGUCCGGCAGACCGAGCUUGAACAACGCCGCGGAGCUCGAGCCGCUGUCUCCCGGCGCGGAGCCCGGGCUGCUGUACGACGGGUCGUCGACGCCGGUCCGCGAGCCGGAAAGCGGCCGGGACGAGCCGGACUGCCAUCGGAAGCUCGAGUUCUCCGACGCGUUCGACGACGAGAACUCUUGCUGUUCGCUGCCCGCCGAGAGUCCCGAGAGGAGGGAUCACCGGCCGUGCCAGGAGAAGCAGUGCGAGGAACCGAUCGAGACGUGCCCUUGCGAGACCAACGACGACGACCACCGGUCUCCUCCUCCGACCGUCGACAAGAUCAAGGAGCCCUAUCUGGUGGUGAUGCUGGAGCGGCUCGACCGCUCGAACGCGCUCUCGUCGAACAGGGACAAGAAGAGGGGGGAGAGAGAGAACGACAAGACGAAGCGGGACGCCGAGACCACCGAGCCUAGGGACGCGGCGACGCCGCAGCACGACGAUUCGGGCUCCGUUCCGAGCUGCGCCCCCCAGAACAAGGGGGGCCAGAAGACGACCGAAUUCGAGUCGGCGAAGAAACAGCAAGGCUCGGCCAUAAUUACCAGGUCGAAGACGCCUCCGAUCGACUCGCCGUUGUGCGAACUGAAGCAGUGCAAGGUGCUCUUGGAGAAGCUCGACUCGUCGCCGAAGGUACGGACGCCGGAAAGGUCGACCGUCGAAGCGCCGAAACCGACGAAGAAGAACGCCGCGUCUCCUCCGUCGAUAUCCUCCGCGAAAUGCCUUCGAGCGUCGGACGAUCGAAUCUCGUCGUCGGACCAGCCGAGUGCCGCCGGCUCGUCGGUGGAACCGCCGUUGCCGGAGACCUCGGUCGCCGCGGACACCGAAACGGAGACCGAGACCGGCUCCGACAGCUCCGAACCGCCCCCCAUGACGACGGCGCGUUUCCGGGCCUGCGGCGGCGGCGGCGACGGCGGCGACGGCGAAGACGCCGUUUCCGACCGAGCGUCUUGCCCCGAGAGCAGCAGCGAGUCCAUGUGCUGCGUCGACGUCAACCCCGAAAUCGUAACCAGGCUCGAGGCGGAGAGGCCCGAGGCCUUCACGGAAGACUCUGCCGAGAGCCUGGCGCUCGCCACCGGUGCAAGGGACGAAGUCAGGUCGGAUGGCAGCGAUUCCGGUCUCGGCAGCGAGGUUCCCGGGGAUCCUGGACCAGCGCCGGCACCGGAAAGCGAUUCCGAGACCUCGUUCUUGGAUAGGAUACCCGACGAUAUUCUUUCGGACAAGGAGAAGGCCGUGAAUCAACUGGACGGUUUCGUCCCCAACGUCGUCGUACCGGGAACGCCGCAGGCGCCGUUGACCGCGUUCCCCGGUCCACCGAAGAGCAAUCUGAAAAGAAGAUUGACGGACUGCAUGGAAGGGGCUCCCAACCCGAAGAGGAGCAACACCGACGAAUCCAUGAAAAAGAAACGCAACAUUCAUUUCGACGCGGUUACGGUCUACUACUUCCCCAGGGCGCAAGGCUUCACCUGCGUGCCUUCUCAGGGCGGCAGUACUCUUGGUAUGAGCGCGACCCACACUCACGCCGAAAGAUUCUCGCUGUCGGAGCACGCCGCCGAGCAGAGGCGGAUCCAUCGCGCCAGGUUGGCCCAACUGCGAUCCGAGAGGGCCGCGAAUUGCGUGGCAGAGGCCGCGUCCAGCUCGGAGGAUCCCAGCGACGACACCGACGAGGAGCAGAGCGACAACGAGGAACUCGAUAUCGAUAGCUACUACUUCCUGCAGCCGGUGCCCACGUGGCAGAGACGAGCGUUGCUCAGAGCAGCGGGAGUUCGUAGAAUAGACGCCGUGGAGAAGGACGAGUGCCGCGACAUCAGAGCCAGCAGGGAGCACUGCGGUUGCGGGUGCAAGGGCUACUGCGACCCCGAGAGCUGUCCUUGCAGUCGCGCGAACGUCAAGUGCCAGGUAGAUCGAGCAGGAUUUCCGUGCGGGUGCACUCGCGACGGCUGCGCGAACAACUCGGGCCGGAUCGAAUUUAAUCCAGUACGCGUACGGACGCAUUUCAUUCACACGCUGAUGCGGUUGGAGCUGGAGAAGAAACAACGGGAGGAAGAGGACGGUACGGAUCGUGACGCUUCCGACAAUCAGAAUGGUAGAAGCCCCUUGAGGGAGAUCAAUUUGGGGUCCGUGAUGGAGAAUAGAAAUACAGAGUCGUGUUUGACCGGUGGCGGUUUCACGACGCUGCAUUACGAGAACCACGAUGCCGGAGACGGUGGGCCAAAUUGUCAGCCGGACGUACCUGGCGCCAGAGAGGAUAGUCUGGAUCUGUACGCGAUUAGAGACGAUUGUUAUCCUAGCGAGGACACUGUCGAUGGUACGCAGGGACCUCAAAGGAAACUACAUCCUGAGUUUAGUCAAGCGUUUCAAACGUUCUCGGGCCAAUCCGGUGCCGGUGUGAACUUUCAGCAACCCGCUUAUCAGGACUACCAACCUUACGCUAACCUUCCUUCCACGUCUAGGGUGCAAUUCCAGCCGCAGUUUCAAGCGGUCCCGGGUACACCCGGAUUCUCCCAUUACGCGUCUUACGGACAGGACGCGGCGACCACGCUGCAGGAGAAUUGCCAGGUCCAUCCGGGUCAGCACGCGUCCGCGUACGAGGCCGCGUUCGCCCAGGACGAGACCACCGGAUCCCAGUACACGAACCUGAACUCGGUCCAGCCGCACGCAGCUUUGCAACAGAUGGGCAAACUGGAACCGUUCUCCGAGCUGCUGUCCGGCAGAUACUCGUACUACGGUGAAAUGGAACCGCCGGCGGCGCACGGUACUUAUCACGCAAACGGAAAAGUCGAGGCGGAGAAGAGCCAAGGGAACGCGCAGCAGUCCGAGGCCGCGGAGGAGUGCGACGAAAACUUUGGGGAGAUUAUUAAAAAGUCGAUGGUCGAGACCGUGUCCGCUUAAAUUGGUCCAACCGUGAGUACCGAAAACACGAUCCUCCGCGUUGUUGUUUGUCGAAACGCGUUCUUGUUUCGAGACGACGAGGAUAGUAGGGGGACUUUGACGAGCUUCGAAUCUCGUUGAAACGUCUCGCGCAUACGGGCAAUCGGGAAAUGAAAGAGAGAGAGAGAGAGAGAGAGAGAGAGAGGCACUCUGGUGCGACCAGCUUUCGGCUUCCGUCGUUCCCGUUAGGUAAAUCCGAAGUAGAAAUUGUUUCAGUGGUUACCGAAUCGGAUCGGUACGGUUUCCCUGUUUGGGAACCACCACCACCACCAGUCCCGUGGAUACCGUUGUUAGAAAAAUUGAUGCGGCUAUGCGUGCGUCCGCCCGGGAUGAAAAUCGGCCGAGGAAGCAGGGCGGUUUCCUCGUCCCGUUCUAGCAUAAUUGUCGGUUGGCCGAACCGACCAGCCGUUUGGGGACAAGGGGACGCGGCUCGAUUUGCGAAACGAAUGAAAAUUGCGUAGGAGAAUCCGUUUUCGUCGAAAAUCUCCGUUCGCAACAGAAAUCGGUUUCUGUGGUCCUGCGAGACCGGUGUUGACAGACGCGAAUUCAACGAGGUUGUGACCAAGAAACAACAUGGGAUCAGCUUAGAUUGCAGUUUAUAAGGAACCUUAACUUUAAUACUUUAAUAGUAGGAUCGCGGGUCACGCGCGCGCCACCUUUUUAAAACGGGAGGAUCAUGCAAAAUCUCGAGCAAAUAAAAUACACGAAUCCAGAAGGUUGCAACACGACAACGAGCACGUAUCAUCGGGACGAUAGUGUGUUUCGCUUUGCUGAUGC